AUGAAUGUAUUCCAUUUAGUGUCACUUUUUGGCUGCAUGACAUCCCUUCAGAAAUCAAGACCAAAUGUAAAUAAAAGUUUGGUCUCCAUCCGUCAUGAGUUUCUGAAUUUCAAAGUCAAAUUAUUUUUUUCAUUUCUUAUGAAUGAAAAAAAUCUGAAGAUCUGUGAAGAUAUCCUAAGAGAUUUUCUUCGUCUACCUGCAUCUAAGCUUAUUUGGGACAAUAAAGUUAAUUGUUUUGGCGAAACACUUGAUAUUCGCACCACUUUAUCCGAUAUUUCAUUAAAGGUUCAGAGAAAUGAAUACACUUCAGUUUCAGAGUUCAUGGAAGAAACAACUGAAGUCAUUACAACUGCAAGAUCAAAGAAAAAUAAAGUUCCCAUUGUUGUUGCUUUAUGUGACGAUAUGAUUAAAGAACUGAACAAAAUUUAUGUUUAUUACGCUGACAUUACUGCAAAAAGAAAAGAGCAUGAAGAAAAAAUCCGUUCAUUGUAUGAAGAAUGGUAUAAACAUAAAUCUCCAGAAAGUGAAGGCGAUCAAAGCGUGAAACCACAAAAAGUAACGUUUGGAUCUCAUAUGCUUAACAAAGACCCGGCAACAUUCACAGCCCAUGAUUUUACAGUUCUGAUAAACAUUAUCAAAGUUCCAGACAUCAUUACAAGAAUUGCCGCCUUUAUCUACUUUAUACAGCCAGAAGCAAUUUCUUUGACUGACUCCAUUUCAAUCCACACUUCUCUCCUCAAAGAAGAAAACAUCCCAAAGAUUGCUGAAUACGCACAAGUGUUACUGAAAGAAGCUGCUAUCAGAGAUAUGGUUUGA